AGGUGAGAUGCAAGGUAGAGUGGCUAGGAUCAAUGCUGUUGGUACUACAGGUAAUGGCAGUGUCAGGCAAGCUAUUCCAAAUGCAGAAAAUGGUGGGGUUAUAUCCAUACCACAGAGGGAGGGGCAUCUUCAUUAGCAUUUUGUUUCUGAGCAGCUGCUGGUAUGUCAGAGGCUUGGAAUUGGCAACAUCUAAAACUGCUGUAGUUACUGACCUCACCCAAGUUCCAAGGGCUCUUCUUCCUGAUCCCUUUUUCCUGAGCCUCAGAGCUAAAAUACUCUGGAGCACUUUCCUAUUGGCUGAGAAGACCAACUGAAGUUCCCUUGCCCAUGUUUGGAGGUGGACGCCUCCUGCACUAAAGAUAGAAACAGCUGGCUCUUCUAGGCAGCUAAAAGCCUCCAGACUAAGAGGUGUUCCUCACUCUGAAGCCAGACUCCUUGAAAUACCCUUUGAGUAAGCUUGAUCAACGCCUCCAUGUCUCUGCUCUGCCAUAACAAAGGCUGUGGGCAACACUUUGACCCCAAUACCAAUCUCCCUGAUUCCUGUCACUAUCACCCUGGAGUCCCAAUCUUCCAUGAUGCACUUAAGGGUUGGUCCUGCUGCCGAAAGCGAACUGUAGAUUUCUCUGAGUUCUUAAACAUCAAGGGCUGUACUGUGGGACAACACUGUGCUGAGAAGCUUCCUGAGGGCCCUCCACAGCCUGAGGGUCCUGCCACAAGUUCACUUCAGGAGCAAAAACCUCUGAAUACAAUUCCAAAGUCAGCAGAGACCUUGCUCCGUGAAAGGCCUAAGUCAGAGAUGCCUCCAAAACUGCUGCCACUUAUUAUAUCUCAAGCCCUGGGAGUGGCGCUGGAGCAGAAGGAGCUAGAGCAGGAACCUGGGGCAGGACUUGACAGUAGUCUGAUCUGGACUGGUUCCAGCUGCCAGAACCCAGGAUGUGAUGCUGUUUACCAAGGCCCCGAGAGUGAUGCUGCUCCGUGUACCUACCACCCAGGGGCACCUCGGUUUCAUGAGGGGAUGAAGUCUUGGAGCUGUUGUGGUAUCCAGACUCUGGAUUUUGGGGCAUUCCUGGCACAGCCAGGAUGCAGAGUUGGUAGACAUGACUGGGCCAAGCAGCUGCCAGCAUCUUGCCGCCAUGAUUGGCACCAAACAGAAUCCUUGGUAGUGCUGACUGUAUAUGGCCAGAUUCCACUUCCUGCAUUCAACUGGGUGAAAGCCAGUCAAACUGAGCUUCAUGUCCACGUUGUCUUUGAUGGUAAUCGUGUGUUCCAAGCACAAAUGAAGCUCUGGGGGGUCAUAAACGUGGAGCAGAGCUCUGUCUCCUUGAUGCCAUCCCGGGUUGAAAUCUCCCUGGUCAAGGCUGACCCAGGAUCCUGGGCCCAGCUGGAGCAGCCCGCUUCCCUAGCUGAGAAGGCUAUGACAGGGCUUUUGUUAGAGAUGGAUGAGGAGGGAUCUGAGGAUUCAGAUGAUGACCUGAGCUGGACAGAGGAGGAGGAGGAGGAAGAGGAAGAGGAAGAAGCUAUGGGGGAAUAGGAUCGGCAGACAGUUGAGUUUCAGGGUAGGCCCUCAGUGACCUCCUUCGAAUCUCAGAGACCAGGAUAUGGUUGACUAUGUGCUGUCAUUGAGCAGCAGGAGGCUGGAGGAGGCGAGAACAGACAAAACUGUCCAAACUGUGCUGCUGCUCCCCUAAAUAAACCUUAUAUUCUACAGUUUCA